GGAACAUAGUUCAAAUAACUUAUUCCUAAAAACAUACUUAUCGAUACAUAUAGAUUUUCUAUUUCGUUUACCAAAUUUGUUCCUCAAAUUAAAAAAAAAAUAUUUAAAAACUCAAAAAUGUCUUCAUCCGUUUCGACAAGAGUCAAAUCCCUAAAAGAUCCUAGCAUUCCCUAUAUCUUAAAUGGAGAGCUUUAUAAAAUUCUAACCCAACACGGAGAUAAUGUUACGGUCAGAUGUUCAAGCUGUCCAGCAGAUCGUGUCUAUCGGGGUAGUGUUCGUUCUACAGGAAAUUUCCACAUGCAUAUUAAAAGAAGACAUCCAGAGCUUUUAGGAAAAUUACAUGAGAUGAAAGUAGGAUCAUUGCUGGAACGUCGUGAACGCUUGUUGAAUGCUAAAAAGCUCGUUAUUAGAGGUCGCAUAAAAAAAGAGAGUUCCGGAUCUGGAGAUACGCUUAUAAAUGAGACUUUACCUUUAACUGAACACGAGAAUAUUGAUCGUCCACUUGAUUAUAGUUGCAGAAAUGAGUCUCAGCCAACUGAAGAAGUAUAUAGAAAUAUACAAUCACCUAUGCCAACUGAAAACGAGCCACACAUUUUGAUAGCAACAGAAGUGCAUUGUGAUAGCAAUGCUAAUAUGGGUAUUCAUAGAACCCCAGUAUAUUUUUCAACUAUCGUCAAAGAAGAAUCAUCAUCUACUUUGGAUGAUGAACAAGCAAUGGACCUCACAACUUCUAACUCCAGGCGUUCUGAAUGCUCAAGUCUCCAAACAUCGAAUCUUAAUUGGGAACAAGUUCUCGAAAGAGUUGAAAGUUCUUUACAAGAUAUACAACACGAAAUGAGGACACGAAAUCAAAUUGAAACUAAUCGUAUUUUCUUGGAUUUGGCUAAAUUUAAAUAUCUCAAUCCGGGAUUUCGUUAUCAAUCUUAAGCACUUUAAGAUAUCAUUAUAUACAACAAUAAUAAUUAUCUUGCUGGUCAAGAUUUAUUUCUAUGAAAUAGGUACAUGCCAAAUGUAUAUAGGUACUAUUUAAGUCUUUAAUUUCAUAAAUAUGAAUUUCAAAUAUUUUAUUUUAAGAGUAGUUUCAUACUUUGUUAC